AUGAAUACCAGCAGCUUUCCCUACUUUGCAAUGGUGUUUGUACAGUUUCUUUUUGCAGGAGCAAGUAUUACAAUGAAGAUCGGGUUUGCAAAUGGACUUAAUCAGCUUAUAUUUGUGGUUUAUCGCCAUUUAAUAAGCACAAUUCUUUUUUGCCCUUUGGCUUUUGUAUAUGAAAGGAAAGAAAGACCAACGCUCAGCCUUGUAGUGAUGAUCAAGAUUUUUGUUUUGUCAUCCCUCGGAUCCACAAUCCAUCUUAAUGCAUAUGCAUAUGGUUUAACAUAUACUUCUGCAACCGUGGCGAGUGCUUUAAAUUGCAUCACCCCCAGUUUGACCUUUCUCAUUGCAUUUCUUCUAAGGUAA